GCUGAGGUUGGGCCUGAGGAGGAGGAAGAGGCUGAGGUUGGGCCUGAGGAGGAGGAAGAGGCUGAGGUUGGGCCUGAGGAGGAAGAAGAGGCUGAGGUUGGGCCUGAGGAGGAGGAAGAGGCUGAGGUUGGGCCUGAGGAGGAAGAAGAGGCUGAGGUUGGGCCUGAGGAGGAGGAAGAGGCUGAGGUUGGGCCUGAGGAGGAGGAAGAGGCUGAGGUUGGGCCUGAGGAGGAAGAAGAGGCUGAGGUUGGGCCUGAGGAGGAGGAAGAGGCUGAGGUUGAGCCUGAGGAGGAGGAAGAGGCUGAGGUUGGGCCUGAGGAG